AUGGCCUCGUGGUCAAGAGAAUUUCUUUUGGACUUUAUCGAGUUAUUCAAAACGUUAGAACCGCUUUGGUUAAUAAAAUCUAAAGAUUAUUGUAAUAAAAAUAAGCGAAAUGAGUGCUAUGACUUACUUUUGAAUAAAGUUUUGACAAUAGAGCCGAGCGCUAAUCGUGUUACAAUUACGAAAAAAAUAAAUAAUUUACACAGCACAUUCAGAAAAGAACAUAAAAAAGUUAUAUCGUCCAUAGUAUUGGGGGCUUCUGCUGAUGAAGUUUAUACACCAAAACUGUGGUAUUAUAAAGAACUGUUGUUCUUAAAAGACCAAAAGAAGCCGUUACCUUCUACUUCUAGUAUGGAUGUUAAUGUGGAGCACCUACACAAAGUGGAAAGUUCAAUAUCGUUCCAAAACCGUUCGCAAUUUCAAUCCAAUCUUCUUCAGAUUGUGGAGACUGUUAAAAAAUAUAUAUCUUUAGAAUUAAGCCUGUCUUCCAACUCGAGAUCUUUUAAAAGAAAGCAACCCAGUAACUCAGAAUCACAAUCAAUACUGCGUACGAUCGGAGACCGAUUAUCUUCUAUUCGGCAAGAAGACGAGUUUGACAUUAUAGGCAAAAAUGUUGGUUCAAAAUUACGAUCAUUGUCUGCAAUUCAAAACAUAUAUGCAGAAAAAAUUAUGAACGUUACUUUGUACGAAGCACAACUUAAUAAUUUGAGCAGGUUUUCGUUACUUUCGAAUCCUUUACCAAAUUUGGAUUAUGCAAAUUCUGUCAUCAAUCGGCUAACACAAAUUCUGUCGCCAAUUAAUAAUCAGCCUGUGUUUCGUGGUACCCCAGUCAAUUAUUCAUGCGAGUGGAAUCAGAAGAACAAUUGCCAAAUUUGGUAG